GAAAACGCCCAAAAAUAAGAGAAAAUAAAUGGCUAACUUUUAAGUAUAAUCUUUCUUCUCCCUUACCUACUAAUUUUCCCUAGGUACUUUAUGUUUCUGCUAAGCUUUGCCUGAGCUAAUCACCAUCCACUCUUGAUCAUCUUCUACUCUCUCUCUCUCCAUUUUCUCUCUCUACAAGGGCACCAUCCGUCUUCCAUUUUCCAUUCCCCCCUUCCGCCAUGACUGAUUCCUCUUCAGAUAAUUUCUACAAAUGCUUCAAAUUCAACACUCUUCACCAUCUUCUAUCUUCAAAUCCUCCUGAAACUCCACCUCCUUCACCUCCUCUAAAGGAAGCCCUUCCACUUCUGACACUAUGUCCCACAAGAUAUGAAGAACAAGAACCUUCUUGUUCACACACCAUGGAUUUGGACAAGACCAAAGCCAGACAAGAUAAUAGUCAAACAGAAAACAUAUUUUUGACUCCUGAUGACAACGUGGAGGACGACGGAGAUGUUACUGUUGCACUACACAUAGGGUUGCCAAACCCUAGUGCUGCUGAUCUGGUUUCUAUGCGAUCUUCUACUGCUGAAAGUACGGAUAAAGAUGAAGAGGUCGAUCUUUCUGGGUACCCAAUCAACAGACUCAACAAGGGACAAUAUUGGAUUCCAACCCCUUCCCAGAUUCUUAUAGGUCCAACCCAGUAUUCAUGUCCUGUUUGCUUCAAGACUUUCAACAGAUACAACAACAUGCAAAUGCAUAUGUGGGGGCACGGAUCACAGUACAGAAAAGGGCCUGAAUCUCUAAGGGGAAUUCAACCAACAGGAAUGCUUAGGCUUCCUUGUUAUUGUUGUGAACCUGGCUGCAGAAAUAAUAUUGAUCACCCAAGAGCAAAGCCAUUAAAAGAUUUCAGAACACUUCAAACACAUUACAAGAGGAAACAUGGAAUCAAGCCUUUUAUGUGCAGAAAAUGUGGAAAAACUUUUGCAGUGAGGGGAGAUUGGAGAACCCAUGAGAAAAAUUGUGGUAAACUCUGGUAUUGCAUUUGUGGUUCUGAUUUUAAGCACAAAAGGUCCCUUAAAGAUCAUAUUAAGGCUUUUGGAAAUGGACAUGGAGCUUAUGGAUUUACCGGGCUUGAAGAAGAAGAAGAGCCUGCAUCAGAAAUUGAACAAGAUGAUGAGUCCAUGCAGUAAGAAGUAAUUUAGCUGCUGGAUUUGUUCGUCUCUUCUUUUAUUUUAGCCAUUGAUUUUUUUCUCAUAUCUUGAACUUUGAGAUUAAUUUCGAGACUUUGAUAGUUAAAAGUUGUAGAAUUAAGCUAGUUGUACAAUGAAUUUGUACAAUUAUUAUGACAAUGUGUGAGGUGUAAAGAUCAUGGACAUUACACAAAUGUCAAACUAGUCGUACAAUAGCAUGAUUAAAAGUUGCGUGUAUAUAUAUCUACUUGUUUCGAGAUUAUUAACACUAAAAAACUUUUUAUUCUUCUAA